UAUAAAUGUAUAAAACAAUUCAGAAAUUAGGAGAUGGAGUAUUUGGUAGUGUAACAAAAGCUCUAGAUGAACGAACUUAAGAGUUUGUUGCAAUAAAGUGUUAUCGAGACAAUUCUGUUAGAGAUGAGAGUAAGAUAAAGGAGAUCUAAAUAUUAAAAAAAUUAAACCAUCCAAACAUAAUAAAAUUAAGAGAUGUGAUAAAAGAAAAGAAGACAAUAGGAAUAGUACUUGAUUAUUGCGAGAGAAACUUAUUACAAUAUUAUAAAUCAGUAAAGGAGAGAAAUAGAACUUUAUGCGAAUAGCAAAUUUAGAGCAUAGUUUAUUAAAUAGCUAGUGCAUUGAAUUAUUUACAUACAUAAGGUUAUUUACAUCGGUAUAGUAUUGGUUAUUAAUUGAAUAGAGACUUGAAACCUGAGAAUAUAAUGAUUUAAGAUAAUGGAAUAGUGAAAUUAAUUGAUUUUGGAUAAGUCACUUAUUAAAAUGAGUAACAUACUGAUUAUGUAUCUACAAGAUGGUAUAGAGUAUCAAAAUAAUUGUGAUUAUUAUAGUCUCCUGAAUAAAUAAAGUAAUAAGCCUACACAUAGGAAAUAGAUAUAUGGUCUUUUGGUUGUAUAAUAGCAGAACUAUACUUGUUAUCACCAUUGUUAGCUGGGAAUACUGAGAUUGAUUAAUUAUACCAAAUAUAGAAUUUGAAUUUGAAUCAAUAUUGUAAGAUAAUUCCACCUUAACCUUUAAAAUUGAUAAAGAGUAUGUUAUAAGAGGACCCAAGAUAGAGAGUGACAGCUAUAGAGAUUUUAUAGAAUAAUUGGUUAUGUCAUCCUUUUAAGUUUUUACCAAAAGAAUUGGAUGUUCAAGAUGAUUCAAAAUAUUUAAUAAGUCCAGCAUAAACACCAGCAAAAGUGUAGACAUAUUUAGAGAAAUAAGAAAAUAAUUAAAAAAUCAUUAAUCACAAUUCGAAUGUUAGUUUUAAUUUUAUGCAAACUAUGUAAAAUAAUAGUAAUGUGGAUGAAGAUUUAGAUUGUGGUUAUAUUCCUUCUUAUGUUACUUCACUUUAAGGAACUUAAAAAAAAAGAGUGAUUCCUCAAUAAUGCCAUGAAUAGCAGAUCUAAAAUCCGAGAAUUGAAGAACCAUAAAUUGUAUGUAUUAAGAGUACUAUUAAUUUAUAAUAACAGAAUAGAUCUAAUAGAAACUUCUUUUCUAAACCGUAUUAUAUAUUAUUAUUACAUCUUAGAUUGCUUAAUACAUAGAGAAAAAAUAAUAAUUAGACUGAAAUAUAUUGA